AUACACAGUCAAGACUCACAACGACCCACGAUCUUCGACCGCCAUUACUACGAUCUCCAUGACCAGCCACAAUCGAUAGACACUGCGCCAAAACACCCACAGGUCCAUACACCUACCCACCGCCAAGGUCAUCACCACUAAUCCAAUACUGCCACGAUGAGCAACAAGAUGUGGGAGGUCGACCCGGAGACGAGGUCUAAGCUGGUCGAGAUCUCCAAGACCAACGAGAACAACAGAUGCAUAGACUGUGGCGCUCCCAGUCCACAAUGGGCCUCUCCCAAACUGGGCAUCUUCUUCUGCCUCGCGUGCUCGGGUAUUCACCGCUCGCUAGGCGUACACAUCUCCUUCGUCCGAAGUGUGACCAUGGACGCCUUUAAGACAAUGGAGAUACGAAAGAUGGAGUUGGGAGGUAAUAAGCCAUACAAAGAGUUCUUCAACAACCACUCAAGUAACUCGCUCAUGGGUCGCGACUUCGAAUCAUGCACAAUCGCCGAGCGGUACGAUUCCGAGGCAGGCGAGGAAUGGAAAGAUCGAUUGACAGCAAAGGUGGAGGGAACGGAAUAUGUGCCCGGCGCGAAACCUAAGAAGACAACCCCUGCUGCACAACCUCGCCAACAACAGUCUCUUUCCUCUGGGCGUAACACACCAUCCUCGCUAUCUAAUUCCGCCCCUCCUCAACGGACGAUCUCGCCCUCUCAAAAGUCCCGCAACGAGGCCUACUUCGCCAGCAAAGGCGCCGAAAAUGAGUCCAGACCAGAAGGUCUCGCUCCCUCGCAAGGCGGCAAGUAUUCCGGAUUUGGCUCUGCCCCUCCUCCCUCCAACAAUAACAGCUCUACACCGGCAGGAAUCGCCGACUUUCAGGCCGAUCCUGUGGCUGCGCUGACAAAGUCCUUCUCGUGGUUCUCGUCUACCGUAACGAAGCAGGCCGCUGCAGUGAACCAGACAUAUAUUCAACCAGGCAUGAAGUCACUCGCGGAUGGAGAGCUAGCAGCUCAAGCAAGAAGACAGGCCGCCAUGCUAGGAAGCACAGUGCAGCAAGGUACAAAAGGGCUAGGAGAUCAAUUCAACAAAUUCGUCGACCCGGAUGCUGGUACGCAACGAGGACCGCCAAAGGAGAAGAAGGAUUUUUGGGAUGACUUUGCGGCGGCAGGAGAGAGUGUUGCGGCGCAGAAACAGCAGAAGAGCAGUAUCGGAACGAGUGCAAUGAGGAACACGGGUGGAGGUGGGAAGAAAGACGAGGAUGAUGCUUGGGGGAAGUGGUGA